AUGCAGGACACACCGUCGUCCAAUAAUAACAUUUGGCACGUGGAUUACAAUGCAACCGUGGCCAAGGAUGCAGCCAUGGGCUGGCAGGGAAUGGGCUUUGUGCUUGGUCUAAAUGGUGUUAUGUUCCUUGUGGCGCUGGCGAUUUUCCAGGCAGGCGCACGAAGUACUCGCUUUAGUCUCUUUCGCUUUGGCUCGAGCUCGAUUUUAUCUGUGAAAGCGCAAGAAGCGGCUCAAUUUACGCUUAGAAAGUGGAUUGAUUUGCUGUGGCGUACCCCAAUACGAGACACGGAUGUGGAGCUGUGUCUCGGUCCAGAAGGCACAUUCUAUCUGCUGUAUCAACAGUACACGGCGCGGUUUCUUGGGACACUUAGUGUGUUUGCCAUGGUUGUGUUGCUGCCACUUUACCUCAUGAUUGGAGCCAAUGCCUUGCAGCAGGUGGAGUCAGCUGCGGAGGCUGCGGUCAAGGGCAUUGAAGGACUUGCAAACAGCUCUCGAGCUCUUACAGUUACAAAUAAUCUCUACGUAAUGGAAGAAGAUGCUGUUACUGCUAGUGCGAGUAUGAGUGACACCGAGGAAGACACUAAGUGGUGGUCAUUUGCUCAUGCCACGAUCCGUGUCAUGCCGCGCAAGUCACCGUACCUUUGGGUGCCGGUAGUGACGUGUUACUUGACGACGGUCGUGUUUUUAAUUUACUACCGGCAAUUGAGCGCGCUUUCGAUGAUUCCGGCGCCUGAUUCUAGACGAGGACUAAAGUCAAGUAAGAUUGUAAUGCAACGCUCAUCUUCUACCAUGUCCAACGCGACUAGUAACGGGGCUGCAGCAAGCCAGCCAGUUGGAGAAGGAGACAAGACGACUGGUGGAGGAGAGGAAUCUGCAACGCCGGAAGAAGUUGUAUCGUCGGGUGAGGCGAAGGACCAGGAGGACGCGGAAAAUCAGCCUUUGCUUGCUCAAGAGAAAGAUAUAGCCGUGCAGGAAGAGCAAAAGACAAAGACAUCCAAACGCACGCAUUUCAUUGGAAUGCAACCCUCUACACUCAGUAGCAGGUCGCUCUUUGUGAAUCGCGGAGUGCCCAAGACCCUUCGUGAGCAACGGAUGCUUCGUCUGCUUAAUGAGGUGUUUCCUGGUUAUGUAGAAGAUGUGAGCGUCGUGUUUAAUCUUGCUGAAUUUCACGGACUCCAAGCUCGUCGACGUAAAGAGGAAAUAGAGUUAGCACGCAUGAAGAUUUUGCACGAGCGUGAGAAUAUCGGCGAGAAGCCGUCGUGGUCGCUUCGUUUGCUGCCUGGUGGUAUGAUGAUUCCAUCGCUUCGCUUGACAUUGGCCAAUUUGUUUUGCUGCUUCAAGUGGUGCUCGAAGCCUGUAUCGAUGGAAGAACAAGAGGAACAACUUGUACGUGGCAUUAACAAGCUUCGAGACAAGGAGAUGGCAUGCUUAUCUCGCAUUUUGCAUGAAAACAAGGGCGCUGGGCGCGCGUUCGUUAUUUUCAAGUCAGCAAGACUCCGUGCUCGCUUUGUCCGCCGCACUCAAAAUCAAAGUAUCACGUCCAUCUUAGCUCGUUUUCCGGAACAUGCACAGUCUCGACUUGUGCGUUACGUGCGUGAGCUAGGCCUUACGCGGUGGCAGCUAGAAGCAGCUCCAGAGCCUGAUGACAUUGACUGGCAAAGUGUGUCGUUUCCCUUUGCGAAACGUACAGUGGUAGUGGUGUUGGUGAAUGUAUGUAUUCUCGUGGUGCUCCUGCUGUUUACAUCUCCUAUUGCUGUGACAUCCGCGAUUACCAGCAGUACGAUGUACUCAACAAACGCAGCUCAAUCGCUGUCAGACUUUGUAGCGCUGUUCGGUGAUCUGCUGAGGAAGGUAUCUCCUCGUAUGGCUAAACUGCUGGCGAACUACAUUCCCACGCUUAUUUUGGUGAUGAUCAAUGCAGUGCUCCUGAACGUGCUGCAGAUGGCCGGGCGCAUCCAGCCUAUCUCGACGGACUCCGCCAAGGAACGGUUGAUCCUGCGCACGGCUUCCGUGUACUUGAUUUUCAACACCAUCUUUGUACCAAGUCUGGCGUUCAUGUCCAUUGAUGCCGUUAUACUGUACCUCGAAGACGACGGCGAGGUGUUGGGUAUGCUCGGAACACUUUUCUUGCACAAUUCCGGUAUCUUUUACGUCGACUAUGUUCUCCAACGGUGCUUCCUGGGUACUGCUCUCGUAUUGCUGCGCGCCACCGAAUAUGUUAAAUUUUGGUGGGCAAAGCCGCGUGCGUUGACGCGUCGCGAGCAGGUUCAGGCGGUAGAAUCGGACCAAUUCUACGCAGGCACGCAGUCGGCUAUGCAGAUCAGUACGCUGACCGUGGUGCUCAUGUUCAGCACUGUCGUGCCGUUGAUUCUUCCUUUGGGCACGCUUUACUUUGCAAUGCAACACGGCGUGGAUAAGUACUCGCUGCUGAAUGUGCGUCGUCGCAUUAAGGGACGCGGUAGCAUUGCUCGUACUGCCACCCAUGCCACAUGCGUGAGUCUGCUCUUGUACCAGGGUGCCAUGAGCGGGUUCAUCCUCGAACGGGGUACAACAACCCAAAGUGCUGCCGUGCUAGUGUUGCUUAUGGGCACAUAUAUCGUCGUGUUAUGGGGAUAUGUGCGGGACAAGGAGCAACAACAUCAUAUGAUAACACGCAGCGGCUACAAGUAUCUUGAGGACAGCACGAGUGUACAAGUCGCGGGUAUGACGCCCAAGUCGACCGAGGUUCCGCUCAGCAUGUUAAGCUCGAGCCUCCAGUCACUGGAAGUAAGUGAGCUCAAGGAGCUUUGUACAGGCGACAAAGAAUCUCGAAAAGGACUUGUUUCGAUGCAACGUUCACUAGAGACACUUGACGAAUCUUCAGCUUUGCUGAUGGGUUCAUCGAACACUGACUUGGACUUCUUGGCUGGCCUUGACGCUGACUCGAGCGAUUUGUACCGAGAACCUGCGUUGCGUAAAUCCAUGCGUAUGAGCUUUGGACCGCAAGAUCUUGGAGACUAUGGCACAUGGCGUCAAGUGUAG